AAAUCCUGAAACCACAUCCAAUGCUUAUGAGGUUGGUAUAUUUUUGGAGUCUAACCAGCUCCAACCCAUGAGUCAGAAAGUCUCAAAAAUCCUCAGAUGAUGGCUAUGGCCUCAACGACAACUUCUGCUGCUACAUUUCUGUGCUCACCCAGAAGCACAAAGUCAGCCAUAUACAACCCAUCUUCUUCUUCUUCUUCUUCACUAAUCUCACACCCCAAAAACCAAAAGUUACAUCUUUCAGCUGUGUUUCCUCAACUGGGUCUCAGCCCUUUCUCGCCAUGGAGUGGCUUGAAGCAGUUGAGUGUUUCAUUCAGACCCAAGUCUUCAAAGCCAGAGAGGAAGGGAAGGUGCAAAGGUGUGGUGGUUUAUGCUUCUUUGUUUGGUGUUGGAGCUCCUGAGGCUCUGGUUAUUGGGGUUGUGGCUUUGUUGGUGUUUGGCCCCAAAGGUCUUGCUGAGGUUGCUCGAAAUUUAGGAAAGACGUUGCGUGCUUUUCAACCAACCAUUAGAGAGCUUCAGGAAGUGUCUAGGGAUUUCAAGAGCACCCUUGAAAAGGAGAUUGGUCUUGAUGACAUUUCAAGUUCAUCAAUAAACACUUACAAUUCCAAAAUAACCGGUUCUCCUUCAGCCACUCCAUCAACUACCAGUAAUGGAGAUUCCGAAACCACUACAGACCCCAAUGGGGCCCCCUCUCCAAAUAGAGCAUACACCACCGAGGAGUACUUAAAGAUCACUGAGGAGCAGCUAAAAGCAACUGCUGCCCAAAAUCAGGGGCAGACAACGUCUCCAGUGGAAAGUCAGCCUCCGUCUCAGGCUCCCCAAGGUACCGUUGAAGAAACUGCUGUUAAAACACCUCCAUCCCAACAAUCUGGAGAGUCAUAAAACUCAUUACAACAGUUACAAGGACCUCCAUCCCUUUUUGAGUCCCGAGGCGCAACAUUCUGAGGAGUCCCCGUUUCUCAAUUUUUGUAAUGACAGUAGGUCUUAGAAAUCCUGUAUAAUCAAGAGCACAAAUACGGGAAGAUAAGGUGUUUGUAAUCUCUCUGUAGUGUAUAUUUUUGACCAAAGUACUAAUGCAGAUCUCUCGAUGAUGGUUUUCUAAUAUGGUGCUCCAUUAGAUUUAAUGAAAUAUUUUCUUUGAAUGGUGAUCACGAUGAUGGUGAUGCAGAUGCCAUGAG